AUGAUGGGCGGUGAAGUGAUCGUCGAGAAGAACCCGGAGAGUAAAUUUUGCGUAGCGAGUAAGGAACCGCUGUGUGACAGCGUAAUAUGGGACCUGCUCCAGAACUACUAUCGGAGAGCAGCUAUCAACGCGUGGAAGGAAAAUGUUGUGCCUUCCUUCGUAACGAGCAAUAGUAAAAUCGCCAAGGAUUACGCGCGAGUAAUAAUUAAUUACAUGAAGGACUGGUUCAAUAGCAAUGAGUGCGACCGAAAUGUUCCCAUAUACAUAUUAGAAAUAGGAGCAGGUCAUGGGAAAUUUACGUACCUGAUUUUAAGAGCAUUAAGCAAGUAUCAGAAAUAUUUUAAGAGUAUGAACCUUCCGGACAGGCCAUUUGUGUAUGUAUUUACAGACAUCGCAAAAGACAACAUCACAUAUUGCAUGAACAAUUCGAGGUUGAAGCGGUUCAUUAACACGAGGGAUAGUUGUGAACGAACAUUUACAAGUAAGAACAACUCUUAUUAUGAUUCGGAAUUUGAAAAAAAUGAAGAAAUAAAUUAUGACUCGUCGACAAACACAUCAAGCUACUCCUCAUCGUAUAAUGAUACGGAUUAUUCGGAUGAAAGGGUAAGAAAUUAUGCAAACUUCUCUAUGCUUGAUUUUGCUUACUUUGAUGGAAAUGAAACGGAGGAAAAAAUUUUCCUACAAGUUUCUAAAAGUUACAUUCCUGAAAAUACCCCCAUAGUGCUAAUCUGCAACUAUGUCUUGGAUUCUUUACUUACUGAUGCCUGGAUUGUUAAUGGAGAGGAUGAUUUCAGGAGGGCCCUACUUUCUGUGUAUUCUCCUAAUGUAGAAGAAGAUAAAAGGAAUGCAGAUAUUAUGUUACGUAUGUCUGUAACAUGGCACUGGGAGAAAGUCAAUAUCGAUGAAGAAAUUAAAAAGGAAAAAACGGAUAAGGCAUCUGAUUAUUUAAGAAAAUAUAAAGAAAUUUAUAAUGUACUAAAAUUGUAUUCGUAUUUUAAUCAACCAUUGUCUUUUGUUCUUCCAGUGGGAGCAUUCAUUUUAUUUGACAGGAUACUAAAGUUGAGUGGUAACAAAUUAUUGUGUCUUAUUGGUGAUAAGGGUUACCAAUCUUAUGAAGAAUUUAAGGGGCAUAGAGAUCCACAUAUUGUAGUGCAUGGCAGCCUCUCCUUUAUGGUAAACUUGAAUGCAAUUUGUUUGUACUUCUUAUCCAGGGGGGGGCACUACAUACAUACCCCCUAUUCGGAUACAUUUCAGAUCGUCACUCUGUUGAUGCAUAAGAACCAUUAUGAGGGGGGGGAUUAUGAAUCGGAGGUGGAAGAAGGUGCCUUCCUAUCUGGUAGAAAUAGCCUUGGGGAUGAAUCCAACUUAACCUACUCCACCUUAACAGAGCGCCUGCGAAUUGAUAAGCGAGGGGGAAUUAAUCAGUUUAAUAUUAUAGACUAUUUUAAGAAAGGCUCCAAAGAUGGCCACCUAAAGAGGAGGUAUCAGAACCAAGUGAGCGUGGAAUCGUCCUCCUUUAAGUUGAAGGGAAUCACUGUGACGAGUAAAACGAACGUUAGCAAAAUGCAUAUGGGAAAUCGUUUGUCGGGUCGAUUUUCCCCGAAUGAUGAAAGUGUUUACAGAAAGAUGAAAAAAAUAAACUUAAAGAAUUUAAAUAAUAUGUCGAUAAAAUUUGGAGGAACCAUUUCGUCCUUCUUCGAUAACAUGGAGCAAUUUCCACCUGAUGUCUUGAUAAAUUGGCAAAAAGCAGUAAUACAGAACAUCAAUAAUAACCCUGCUAAUGUGAGCAUAAGGGAGUUGAUCUCUCUAUUGAGAUACUCAAAUCACGACUCUGAUGUUUUUUACAAUAUCAGAAAUGUAUUCACGAAUUUAAUCAACUACCCCAACAUAAAUGGAAGGACAGAGAAGGAUAUCCUGCUAGACAUAAAGGAAUGUUAUGAUAAUUAUUACUCCUUAAAGACGGACGAAGAUAUUGGUGAUGUGUGUGGUCAUGUGUGCAUGAAGUUCGGUGAAUUUGAGAAGGCCAUAUAUUAUAUGAAACAGAGCCUGCGAAAUUUUAAACAAAGUCGACACUCCUCGACCUACAUUAACAUUGCGUCAUGCUAUAAGGUCUUACGCAAUUAUCAAAAAUCGAUUAAAUUUAUCAGGUGCGCUAUUAAGUUGUCUAACCGGGAGGCUCAAAGGGGGGUUCUCUGUAGGGAGGCAGGAGAAACGGGACACCACCCAAAUGGUGAACAUAGCAGAUAUGGAGGACUCGUUCAUAAUAACCUGAAUCAUGCCCAUGAUCUCCUGUACAAUAUUCAGUUUUGCCUGAAUCCAAUUACGUACGCCAUUGUGGGGGUUAACCAUUUCGUGCAGAAUGAUGGCCUAUACUACCUGUCCUUUGAAAAUCGAAUAAAACUUAAAUUCAUUUUUUUACUCGCCGAAGAGGAAGAAGCAGUUCUACGUUUCAUGAACAACAAGUACAGAAGUUCAGCCUAUGAGAAAAGUAGCAGGAACAUGGAUCUAUCCGAAGUUAGGGUUAUCAGGGUUUACCGCGCGAAUGAGGUUAUCUCCGUGGAGGAGGUAGAAACCAAUCAAUACAGUGGUGAACAGAAAUCGCACGUAACCCAGUAUGGGGAUAACCAAACGGAGCAGCAAAACAGAUCCUACCAGAAUGUAGCCCAUUUGAAGAAGAACCUUCUGGAUUGCUUAUCCAAGUACAACUUCCAAUUUUGUGUAAUCGACGCACCGUGGACAGUAAAGGCAGAUGUAGCAGAGUUGAUGUUGGAUCAUUCGAAGCACAUCUUCACCUAUGGUACCCUAUCUGACUGUACUAAGCGGUCCAUGGAGGUGAUUUCAAAGUAUAAACAAGUUUCCAAAAAUGUCAGUUGGGUAAAUAACAACUACGUCCAUGAUGAAUGUCUGUACGAAACAAGAGAUGCACUCAACCAUAUAAAGAGCGUCGUUUCCGUAACAGUUACUCAUUACAGUAUGAAUUUAUACAAUAAGGAAAAUAGUUCUAUCCCCAGUAAUCAAAUUUUGACGGAGGAUCUGUGCAUCAUUCUGAAUGCCCUGCAAAUUAUCUUGAACCUAAGCGUGACGGGCUUGACAGCCAACUUUUUGAGGCGCCGAAGAGAUGAUGCACAGAACAAAGGGGAGAUGGACCAGACAAAUGGUGAACAUGUUCUGGAAGACGCCACUUCAAACAUAGGGGAAGAAAAAAAAGAUAACUGUAACCUAGACAAAGAAUAUAUUUCCCUCUCAGGAAUACUAACCUUCCAACAGCAUAAGAUAUUACCAGAUGAAAUGAAUGUACACGGGAAUUAUCUCCUAAUGAAUAACCGAAAUGAAGAGUUUUUAACAAAAAUUACUUUCGUUGGGAUUCAUGGUUCCUUGUGUUUAAAAAAAACCUUAUCCAAUUGGUCAGUCCAAGUUUUUAAUCUGGACAAUAUCAAGGUGUACGAGAAAUCGGGUCGCAUUUCAGCUAGCCAAAAUUCAAAUGAUGUGUUCAUUAGUCAGUAUUUGAUAAAAACAGAUGGGAAGGAUAACCAAGUGAAGCAUUUUUACGAGUACAACUUGAAGGAUUACUGUAAGGGUUCGAGUGAGUCCAUCGAUUCAGACAUUGAUAUUUUGGAAUUUUCUUCCGACGAGGAAUGGGGAUCAUCCAACCCAAAGGGAUCUUCCCAAGUGGAGACAUCUUCUGGUGACAUGAUUGAUGAUGUAAAGAAAGAAUGCUUCGACGAAGUUGAGUUUACGAAGGGAAACUAUGGAGGAGUGGCCGCGAAUAUAAAUGAUGAUGAGCUAUUCCUUGAUAAAAAUAUGGACGCUUUGAAAAAUGUACCAGGAAGGAGGUUCUAUUCCGCUGGAAAGGAAGUAUACGAAAAUGUAAAUUUGGACGAGUCCCUCAUCGACGUCACGGUUAAUAACAACUGCUUUUACUCUAGGAUCGUUGAGGGGGUACAGAUGUCGCACAAGAAGGGGGGUACAAUGGUUCACUUUAAGUACAAAGCAGCUUAA